AUGAGAGACGGUGAUAUAGGUCUGAAUCAUUCCCCAGAGUAUCCAGGCGAUACUUGCUAUCUCCCGACAUCCCCCCUACUUACUCCAAAUAAAAAUACAAAUAGGAAGAUAGGUAUUAGUGCCUCGAGUGGGAAGCCGGGAUUCGUGAAUAGUCUCGGAGGAAAGAAUGAGAGUCCACCUAGUAGUCCCCUUUGCGAGGAGGUUUCUUGGGACUGGGGUUCGGAGGGGGAUGGGGAUGGGGAUGGGCAGAGUGCUGGUGGGAAGAAAGAAGAGAUGCGUGAUGAUGACCUUGGGGAUCUGGGGAUUCAAUGGGUGUCAGAUGCGAAAGCUGGAAAGAGAUGA